CGCUUGUCGCUUGUUUAUUUUUUUUGUGGGCGUUGACGAAGUAAGAAACCUGUUGGAAAUGUUUUAAAAAUUCAAAUUCAAAUUCAAUUUUUCUUUUUAUUUUAUUCAUUUAUAUCGGGUAUUUAAAUUUAAAACCAUCGUAAAAUGAAGAUCCAGAAAUGCGUUGAACGUUGUUGAUUCUGUGCAACAUUUAAAUUCGCUUGCUAUCAUACAACAUCGCUCACCUAUUACUCAAAAUUGCUAUUGAUAAUCGUAUUCUGUGUUGUAGUAUUCGUGAAAAUGAAUUACGGUAGAAGAACACCGAGCGUCGGAACUCCGUCGAUUUAUUCUCAUGUAACCUCCAGAUCGACAGCAAAUCUAAAAUCUUCGAGGUCUUUAAAAUCAUUGAAAAUUCCUUGGUAUCGACGGCCGAUACUUCAGGAUGCGUAUUUCUUGGAUAUUCAAAGGGGGUCGCUAUUAGUAGCUUGUUACUCAUUGUUUCUGAGUAUUUUCACCAUAGCGCAUUCAAUUUUUGAUGUAUAUUGCUUAGCUAUGGCUGCGCCCGGAUCCAGUCAUUAUGGUUAUUACAUAAUUAGCUAUCAAUUUGUUUAUGUGGGAAGCGCUUGGGUGAGAAAUUUGUUAAUAUUGUUUGGACUAUUUUCGUUUGUUGCCGGCGUUGUGAUUUUUGUCACUAGCAUUAUUUUAAUUAAUGCUCUGCGAAAGGAAUAUGAAAGAAGAAUCCCACCUUGGCUGUACUCGUUUGCAGCGUUUACAAUUUUCAGAUUUGUAGCUUGGGUUUUCGUAUCCAUUGUCAACGAUCAGAUAUUUUUCUACAAUAUAACCAUGUUGCUGCUGUGGGGUUGCUUUACUGCGUUAAACGUUUACGGUUGGCUGUUAGUGUACUCGUUGUAUUUAGAAUUAUCGGAUCUGUCGAAAUUGGAAGAUUUAGCGCAUCUGAGGAUGGGCACUAUGGCUUCUUUGAAUGCUUCUACCACUCAUUCAUUGGCCGGAUCUCGACCAACAACACCUCACAGCACCGUUUCAACUGCACCAGCCGUUUAAUCGCACUGUCCCCUGUGACGAUUUUCGACACACUAGUAGUUUAGUACUCACUCGAUUUUCAUCGUCAUUUUUUAUUUAUUCGAUCUGCAUGUUUUUACACUCGAAUGAGAGUUUCAUUCUUAUUUCAUUCCGUCCGUAUUGUGAGAGACCAUUUUAUUUUAUUAUUUUUAUUUUAUACUUAUUUUUUCAAGAUGCGUAGAUUUUAGCCGGUAAUAUUUACCGACGUGUUGUCAAUUUUAGUAUGUAGAUUGGUUAGAUGUUGCUUUGUGUUCAGUAUUUAUAAAUUUUUAUCACCAACAUUGAGGUGUUUCGUCACUUUUUAGUGCAGGAUUGCAUGUUCUUCGCAAGAAUGUCAUCCAUGCUAACUUGAUCGACUUUGAAUGCGUUCGGAGAAUUAUCGAUAUCGUAAUUUGUUUAAUAUCUCUAUGUAUUAUUUUCGAUAACUCUUCCUUUCCACGAAAAGUCUUAUAAGAACGGACGUUCGAUGGCUAAUGUAAUCAACUCGUGGCCAUUGAAUGUUUUUGUGUUCUUUACUUGUGACAUGUCCUUUCUAAUCAAUUGAUUGAUCGAUCUGCGCAUUUUUUAUUUGUCCAUUUUGUAUUGUUUAUUGUAUAUUUGGUAUUUUUGUAACUUUUAUACUUUUUUCUAACAGAUAAGUCUUUUGUUGUAAGUAUUUUCUUAGUACGUUUUUGUACUCGUAUGUAUUUAUUACUUAUCUACGUGUCACCAUCUGUUAGAUGUUCUACGUAUCAACUUUGGUGGAAAUAAAUCCAUCUCAAAGUAAAUAAAUUGGAAAAUUCCCGCCUCCGA